AUCAAUCUGAUCAUGGGAAGAGCUCCAUGCUGUGAUAGAGCCAAUGUCAAGAGAGGACCUUGGUCUCCAGAUGAAGACAUGCUUCUUAGAAACUAUAUUCAAAAACACGGCACUGGUGGCAACUGGAUUUCUUUGCCUUCCAAAGCAGGGCUUAGAAGAUGUGGCAAAAGUUGUCGUCUAAGGUGGCUGAACUAUCUCAGGCCAGACAUCAAGCAUGGAGGCUACACUGAGGAAGAAGAUACCAUCAUUUGCACUCUCUAUAAGAACAUUGGUAGCAGGUGGUCAGUAAUUGCAUCACACUUACCAGGAAGGACAGACAAUGAUGUGAAGAAUUACUGGAACACAAAGUUGAAAAAGAAGAUGAUGGCAAUAGAUAAUUAUCAAUCAACAAGUCCUUCAACUACAACAACAACAACAACAACAACAACAACAAAAACAACAGAAUCAUUAGUGCCUUAUAAUCUGACAACACAAACAAGUUCUGAAGUAUCUACUGAUUCUUCAUCAUCUGCUGAACAACAUACUGAAAACACUAAUGGCUUGAAUAAUGGAAACUACUGGUCAGGGUACAAUGGAGAUGGAGAGGUGGAAGCAAUGCUGUUUGAAUUAGGGUUUUUCAGUGAUGGCUAUGAUCAAACUCAGGAUCAAGUUAUGGGUGAUGGUGGUCCAUGGUUACCAACUCUUACCAACUUAUGGACAUUCUCGGACCUCCCAUGACAGACAUGCUCCAAAGUGUGACCCAUUCAUAGCUGACAAUUAAUGAAACUUAUAUAUUAUACAAAGUCUAGUUAAAGUAUAUAUAAAUAUAUAUAUGUAAUUGGUUAAACUUUCUGUUAUCAUCAUUGAAAGGUAAUUAGAAGGAGGUUUUUAGGGUUAAGCAGGUGGCUUUAGAGCCUGACAUUUAGAUUUGUAUGGUUUUUCUCAUUGUAUGAAAUCAUGACUCAUGAGAUUAAUUAAUUUCAGUUUUAUGUGAAA